AUGGCCGACCCUUCCCACUCAAAUAUCUUUGAAAAGGCGAUCCACGUCACUCCGAUAGACUCGCAGACAUAUUCUGCGCAUUUGGACGCGAACUGGUGCAUUGGACAGGUACCACAUGGAGGAUACACAGCAAGUAUCCUGUACCGAGCCGCGGCGAUCCACUUCAAGAACCAUCAUGGGGCGCGCGUUAAGUCGACUCCGGAACCCAUUGGAUUGCAGAUAUCGUACUUGCGCCGAACAGCCAUUGGCCCAGCUCUCAUCACAGUACAAGAUAUGAAGAUCGGCGCAAGGAUUAGCACAGUUCACGUUACUCUCUCCCAGCGACCAGAUGGAGCUGUAGCGUCCGAUAGAAUCGAUAAGAAGGAUGGAGUCGAGGUGAAAGUGGUCGCAUACCUGACGAUCAGUCCGCCAGAGACGGAGAUGGGACCUGCUUGCAAAGGAAGCUGGGGGCUUGAACCUGCGCCGAGCUUUGGCUCGUUACCGCAUGGAUCGGUUGACUUGCAAGCGUUGGCAAAGAAUGGAGAAGACGGCCAGUGGGCACGAUACCCGCGUGUUACUCAGUCGGCUGCGCCGAAAAACCUGGAAAUUUAUGGACCGCGUCGUCCGUCACCGUCAACUUUGGCAAGCCGCACAAAGCAGGUAGUCGAGCAGUGGGCGAGAUUUACACCUGGCGGGAACGUGGCGCGAUGGUCUAAUGAGGCGCUUUUGUUUCUCAUUGAUAUGUUCCCGGCUGCACUGGAUAGGAUGGCUGCAAUGGAGUUGAGCGGAAUGAAAAAAAUGCCGGAGCUACAGGGAAAGGCUCCAGAGUCUGUGGCUACGAAGGGUCUAUUCUGGUAUCCCACUGUUACGAUGAACAUCGACCUUAAGACCAAAAUCCCAUCCGAAGGGGUGGAAUGGCUAUACUCGCGUAUUGUAACCAGGUCGCUCCGGGGCAGCCGGGCAGACCUGGAGGUAGUGAUUCUUGAUCAGAAGGGAGAGCUGGUGGCGACGAGCUCGCAAGUAGCAUUGGUGGUGGAUGCUUCUCGUAACUAUAAGGGCAGACAAGGUGCCGGGAAGUUAUAA